GGGAGGCGGCGGCGGCGGCGGCGGCGGCGGCCGUAGCAGCAGCUGAGCGUCUCCCGGUACCCGGAUGUGAGGCGAUUAUUUUCUUCCCCCCGCUGACUCGGCUGAGGGACCCGCGCGGCCAGGCGCCCGGGGAAGAUUCCCAAAUACACAAGAAGUAAUUUGAAGCAUCAGUCAAGGCAUCAUCAAGAAAUGUAAAAAGGGUGAUUCAUGAUUUUUGUUUUAUCAAGCUUAGUGUAUCUUGACAGAUUGAAACACUUGUGGAAAUCACCGCAAUUGAGAAAAGAAGAAGUCAUCUUCCUUCCUCCACCUUCUAACCCCUGGCGGUGACUGGCCUGCUUUCUCAGAGCUCCUGCAUGUGCACUCUGUGCACCUUUGGCUUUUGGCUGCUCAGCCUGGGGUGCUGCGUAAUGUUUUAAGAAUAGGUUAUAAGGAAUGGUUCUGUCAGGUUUCCAUGAGUUAUGGUGGCUGAAACAUCAACUCUACCUUGUGGGAAAAGAACUCUUUCUGUCCCUUGUCCAGCACAGAGCAAAUACCUUCCGGUGUCCACGCCAGCUUUUCCUACGUCCUAGGCAUGGCAGAGAGCAACCUGACUUGAAGCAGCCUGGUGUUCUUGCUGAAGAUGCGCAUCAGCGUAAGUUGAGAUUGAUGUGUAAGACCCGCUCACCAGCAACAGGAGCUACUCGGCACUCGUCCCUACCUGCACACAAAGAACCCUCAGCGACUCCUCAGAAAAGAAAGGCAUUACUCAGGAAUAAUGUCCGUUCAGGAGACAUCAAAAGAAAACCCCUCCAAAGUUAUUAAAGAAAGCGAAGGUAAGAAGUUGGAAAUAGAAAGUCAAGGUUCUCAAAACCAUCUGGCAAGAAAACCAGGUCCGAAGGAAGCUGUGAAGUCACCGGGUAAGUCCUCCGGUGAGACUCAGGCAUCUGUGCCCGAGUUGGAAACCCGAAUGAGGACCAGGUCCACAAAGGCAGCCUCCAGUGAUGACAGAGCUGCUCAGUCUGUUAGUAAAAAUAUGGUAACUGGGAAGGGACAGCAAGAGUCUACAAACAAGAAAUUAUGUCUAAAAAAACUUGCACACGAAGCCCCUAAAGGAAGUGAGCAGCUUAACCGGAGAUCACAAAGGCUGCAACAGUUAACAGAGUGUUGUGCAAGGUCUCUGCGAAGCAGGCAGAUUAGGGGUCAGGUUCUAACCAGUAAACCCUGUUCACAACCAGUAAGACGAGAACGCUGUAACAGUACUACUCAAAGUAAACCUAGCAAAGUUAAAAUCAGUCAGAAACACGUGAAAAGGAAAGCAGUGGAAAUAAAGUCUGACUGUAAGGAGGCUGGGAAGCCAGUCCCUAGCGAAGGAGUGAAGUCCCCCAAAGCCAAGAAGCGCCGCGCAGAGCAUCAUUCGGCCGACGCCCGGAGUGUCCCAGGGUCCGAGCCGGGUCUUCAGAAGACAGCCAGAAAAGAAGAGGCGAAACCUGUGCCUGAAAAUUCCGAGAUUCCAAGGUCCAAAGUGGCCACGUCAGUGGUCUCUAAACAGGAUGAGCUGAAGAGGUCAGUUCCUACACAAGAGGAAACUAGCACAACGCCCCCCAAACUCCCGCAGCCGCCAGUGCCUGGACACAGCGCAGAAGAGGUGGAGCGCGCAGGGAAGAGCAAGCGCGGAAGCAUCCUCCAGCUCUGCGAAGAGAUUGCCGGCGAGAUUGAGUCGGAUACUGUAGAGGUCAAAAGGGCGUCUUCGCCACGGGGAGGUGUGAAGGAGGAGGAGCCUGCAGAAGCGAGGCUGGAGGAGGCCGAUGCUGAAAGACAAGUACUCCAUCAGAAGGAAACGAACGGGGCUGUGCCGUGUAAUCGUUUCUUCCCCAGCAGGAAAACAAAACCUGUGAAAUGUAUUCUCAAUGGAAUAAAUAGCUCAGCGAAGAAGAACUCCACCUGGACUAAAAUUAAACUCUCCAAAUGCAACUCUGUGCAGCAAAAUAAGUUAGACUCUCACGGUCCUCCUAAACUGGGCAUAAUAAGAACAGGAUUACCACCACCAGUUUUAGAAAUGCCUCAUCUAGUAUCUCAAAGUACAUUCUUAGAGACAAAGCCACAGGAUAAAAAGAUAACUUGCCAGCAGGGAAAAAAGGAAGAAAUUAAGUCUGAAGAAAUUAAAAUUCAUGAUGUUGGAACUGAAAUUAGUAAAACCACAAAUAAGGCUCCUGAAAAUUGUCAUUUGGAUAAUCAUAUAAAACCCUCUUUGGACCCACUGUUGGAUAAUCAGAUGAAACCUUCUGAAUCAGUACCAGAUAAGAAUGUCAGCUGUUUAGCAUCGAAACUGAAAAACAUUCCAACAGAUAAUGCCACUGCUGUUUCCGCUUUGAUCAGUCAAACAAAAAUUGAUGACGGCGAGAAAAAAAUUCCAGGUUCAGCUCCCAAACAGCACAGUGUACUCAAUAAUGAAAUACCUAAGAGCAGUACAAACAGGGAUCCCCCACCAAAUCAUUCUCAGCCUAAGUGUAAUUCUCAUUUGGAGAUAACAAUUCCAAAAGACUUGAAACUAAAAGAAUCAGAGAAAGCUGAUGAAAACCAGCUGGUCAUAGACGCAGGACAAAAAAGGUUUGGAGCAGUGUCUUGUAAUAUCUGUGGAAUGCUUUAUACAGCUUCAAAUCCAGAGGAUGAAACCCAGCACCUGCUUUUCCAUAACCAGUUUAUAAGUGCUGUGAAGUAUGUGGGCUGGAAAAAAGAAAGGAUUCUGGCUGAAUAUCCUGAUGGCAGAAUAAUAAUGGUUCUUCCUGAAGACCCAAAGUAUGCCCUGAAAAAGGUUGACGAGAUCAGAGAGAUGGUUGAUAAUGACCUAGGCUUCCAGCAGGCUCCACUCAUGUGCUACUCCAGAACUAAAACUCUUCUUUUUAUUUCUAAUGACAAAAAAGUAGUUGGCUGCCUAAUUGCAGAACAUAUCCAGUGGGGCUAUCGAGUUAUAGAAGAGAAGCUUCCGGCUGUCAGGUCGGAAGAGGAAAAGGUCGGGUUUGAAAGGCAGAAGGCCUGGUGCUGCUCCACGCUGCCGGAGCCGGCCAUUUGCGGGAUCAGCCGCAUCUGGGUGUUCAGCAUGAUGCGGCGGAGGAAGAUCGCUUCGCGCAUGAUCGAAUGCCUGAGGAGUAACUUUAUAUAUGGCUCCUAUUUGAGUAAAGAAGAAAUUGCGUUCUCAGAUCCUACUCCUGAUGGAAAAUUGUUUGCAACACAGUACUGUGGCACGGGUCAGUUUCUGGUAUAUAAUUUUAUUAAUGGACAGAAUGCCACCUAAAACCAAUCUUGCCUACACUAACCAGAAGACAUCUGUCUGUUGAAGAGAAUGUGUUGGUUGCUGACUUUAACCAGGAACUAGGGCCAUUUUUAUUACAAGAACUCAGGACUGGAAACAAUCAUAUAUAUGGUUGUUCCAUUUUCAUAAAAUUGGAAACAAUGCAGUAAUAGCUUAUUAUUGUUUUGUUUUUUAAAGAAGAUAUUUUAUUAUCUUUUACAGAAAUUUAUGAUUGAUGUAUUUUAUCUAUAGUUAUUUAGACCUGUUUACAUGCAGCAGGUGAUCGUUCAUAGUGGACUGAAAACCAAUGCAAGGACUGUGGUCUCAGUGAUAAGCAUAUUUUGAAGUUCUUGAUAUGGAAGUAUACCAGUGUAGCUUGGUACUGUAUUUUUUAUAUUGAUCUACUGAUACCAGUUAUAGGUUUAAAGAUUGUAUUUUCGCAGAGUGGAAGCCAGUGUUUUUGAGUUAUUAUUCAAGAAGGGUACAGUAUUAUGAAUUUGAAGCUAAUUCUUAAAAGGUGGAAUGAAGUACUUUAAGGAAAAAAAAAAAAACCCUACAGAAAAGUUCCAAAAGGUGGGAUGAAUUUGAAAUGUUGAGUGUUUUCUAUUUUUCUUUGCUGUCUUUGAUGGCAGAAGUAGAAAGUGACUUUCCUUCCUGGGAAGCUCUAGAUGCCUAAAAUUAUCAAGAGUACAUUAUGAGUUCAUUAUUUUAUUCUGGUUUCACUUAAAAAUAAAGAAAAAAAAAAAAAAAAGCUAAGUUGGCCCAAAUGGGCUAUUAACAAGUCUCGGUCAGGCCCCUGAGGCAAACUGUGGGAGAGCCGCGAGCUCAAGGAGCCUUGCGCCGGGCCUGGCUGUCCUCAGAACGCUGCGCUGGGUGUACGCCCGCAUUCCUGGACUUCAUUUUGAUACUUAUCUGUCCUUCAUAGUGCCCUCUACUUUUAAAGGGUUUAUAUGUUGAAAAACUGCUGUGGCCUUUUAUGAUCUGUACAUAAUGUAGAAUAAAACAAUAAAAUACUUGAUAGCUUUUUCUAAGUGAUCAUUAUACUAA